UUUCUCCAUCAGGGAUCUGUGGCGCAAUGGUAGCGCGUCUGACUCCAGAUCAGAAGGUUGCGUGUUCGAUUCACGUCAGAUCAUGGCUUCGAUUCUAGAUGCUGUUAUUGGGAAAUUAGUUGAAGAACUAAUGAGUUCAGUAGUUGAAAUGAAAGAUAGAGCUUUGAAAUUCAAACCAACUCUAGAACGUUUAGAAACAACUCUGAAAUCAUUAGCACCAUUGAUCAAAGAAAUAGAUGAAUAUAACAAGAAACUCGAUCGAUCGCCUAAAGAAACAGAUAGAUUAAUCAAUCAAAUGAAAGAGGGAAAAAAACUUGUUCUUAAAUGUUCUGAUAAAGAACAAAUGAAGUGGUGGAACUGUUGUUACAAAAAAGCAGAAUAUCAAGAGAAACUUGAAGCAUUAGAUGAUGAGAUUAAGAGAUUCUUUGAGCUUGAUUUGAGAGCACAAGAUGUAAGAAAUGGGUUGGAAACACUUGUGGAGAUUAAGGAGUUUAGAGCUGAAUUUAGAAGUGGUGGUUUGAGGAAUGAAAGGAUUGAAUUAAGAGGUGUUUGUUUGCCACCUCAACCACCUGGUUUUACUGUUGGGUUGGAUGGUCCUUUGAAUGAGUUGAAGAUGAGAUUGUUGAAGGAUGAGGUUAGUGUUUCUGUUGUUACUGUUACUGGUUCUGGUGGUUCGGGGAAGUCUACCUUGGCGAAAAGGUUUUGUUGGGAUGAACAAGUAAAAGGUAAAUUCAAGGAAAAUAUCUUCUUCAUUACCUUUGCAAAAACACCAAAGCUGAAUGCUAUAGUGCGGAAAAUCUAUCAACACACUGGUUACGAAGUUCCGGAGUUUCAAAGCGAUGAAGACACGUUUAACCAAUUGGAAUAUUUGAUGAAACAAAUUGUGAAAAAAAGUCCAAUUUUGUUGGUCUUAGACGAUGUUUGGCUGGAAUCAGUAUCACUUGUUGACAAUUUUGUGUUUGAGAUUCCAAACUACAAGAUUAUGGUUACAUCAAGAUUUGCAAUUGCAAGAUUUGGUCAUCCAUUUGUAUUGAAACCUCUUUCUGAAGCACAUGCUAUAAAUCUAUUUAAGCAUUCAGCAUCCUUAACUAAGACCAGCUCAGAUGUUCCUGAUGAUGUUGUCAAAAAGAUAGUAAGAUGUUGCAGCGGUUCUCCCUUAGCACUUCGAGUGAGUGGCAGAUCAUUAAGUAACGAACAUCAGAUAGUUUGGCUUAACCGAGCGAAAGAAUUAUCAGCUGGUAGUUCGAUUCUUGAUUCUAGCAAAGACGUGCUUUCUUGUCUCCAAAAGAGCUUAGAUGUGUUGGAUUCUAAAUCCAUGGAGUGUUUUAGGGACUUGGGCUUAUUUCCUGAAGACCAAAGGAUCCCUGCUGCUGCCCUUAUUGAUAUGUGGGCAGAAUUAAGGGAUGAUGAUGAGGCCACUGCAAUGGAGAGAAUUUAUAAGCUAGUUAACCUUAACUUGGCUGAUAUUAUUGUGACAAGAAAAGUUGCAAGUGGUGCGAUUGAUUACAACUAUCACUAUGUUACACAAUACGGUCUUCUUAGGGAUCUAGCCAUCCGUGAUACUGACCAAGAGGCAGAUGAUAAGAGGAAUCGACUCAUAAUUGACACAAGCGCAAAUCAUCUUCCGUCAUGGUGGACUUCAGAGAAUGAGUAUCGCAUUGCAGCUCGCAUAUUAUCCAUAUCAACUGAUGAAACAUUCACUACAAAAUGGUGCAACUUGCAGCCAACUAAAGUUGAGGCAUUAGUGAUAAACCUUAGAGAAAAGAAGUGCACAUUACCAAUGUUCAUGAAGGAAAUGAAAAUACUAAAAGUUUUGAUAAUCACAAACUAUGACUUCUAUCCAGCUGAACUAGAUAAUUUCGAGCUGCUCGAUCAUCUAACGAGUCUCAAACGAAUCAGAUUUGAGAAAAUUUCAGUUCCUUUCCUCGGAAAAACCAUAGUUCACCUGAAUAAUCUUAAGAACUUUUCAUUUUUUAUGUGCAAUGUGAAUAAAGCAUUUGAAAAUUGCACUAUCCAAGAUUCAGAAAUUCUACCAAGUUUGAUGGAGAUGAAUUUUGACUAUUGCAGUGAUAUGGUGCAAUUACCAAAUGUGAUUUCCAACAUUGUAUCCCUAAAGAAGCUUAGUAUCACAAAUUGUCAUAAUCUUUGUGCACUUCAUGAAGGAAUUGGAAAUUUGGUUAAUUUGGAAUCACUAAGGCUAAGUUCAUGCAGUGAUUUAUCAGAGUUACCAAAUUCAAUCACAAAUCUUCAUAAGCUAAAGUUUCUUGAUAUUUCAGGAUGCAUAAGCCUUAGUCAAUUACCUGAAAAUAUGUGUGAGUUGGAGAAGUUAGAAAAACUUAAUAUGAGAGGUUGUUCAAGUAUAAGUGAAUUGCCAUCAUCAAUUAUGGAACUUAAGGGAUUAAAGCAUGUGAUAUGUGAUGAAGAGGCUGCUGAAAAAUGGGAACCUUUUAGAAGUAUUCUUGGUGAUCUAAGAAUAGAGGUUGUUCAAGAAGAUUUUAAUUUAAAUUUUCUUUACAAUUAAAGGUAAUGACACUUGGGAAUUGAAGAGGUAAUCAAGAACCACGUGAGAAGGUAUAAUGGGUUUUUUUUACAUUUUUGGAGUGAUUGAUUUUGUAAUAUUAAGGAAAUGAUGUAUCCAAGAAUAUUGAUUGAUUGUUGUAAUAUUAAAACUAAAAGAGUUCAAUAAAUCUAAAGGGUUUGCAAUAAUAAAA